GAAUUUGAAAAUUGGAUGAAAAGAGGGUGCUAGAUUUGUAAAUGUCUAUGUUCAGGUUGCUAUCCAUUCAAACAGCCCUUUUUUUUUUCUCUCGCAGACCUAUCUUCAGCGGGAGUUCAGUCGUCUCCGGCCCUCCUAGCAGUUGUAUCACGAUCCUAUAGCAUCGCUUUUCAGGCCGGUGGGAGUCAGCCCUUCUUCUUCCUUGACCCGCAUCCUUGGAGCUCCGUUUGGGAACCCUGACCUUCUCUUUCUCAUAUUCUUCCUCUCGAUCGAGAUGACGGGUCAGUGGUUUCUUCUUCUUCUUCUUCUUUUCGGAUUUCUUGUCGGAGGUCUUCACGCCAGCGCCGGCGAUGCUGAUCCGAUCUAUAGAACCUGUGUUGAACAGUGUGAAAAGACAGGAAAUGUGGGAGACAUCUCUAUCCCACACUGUUUGUUCUCUUCAAAUGAUGAGGCUGUUAAUAAUACAUGGUACAUGCAAGAACCACUUUAUUUGCAGUGGAAACAAUUAAAUUGCAGAAGUGAUUGCUCCUAUCAUUGCAUGAUCCAAAGAGAAAGUGAAAGGGAGGGUCUUGGCCUCAGUCCUGUUAAAUAUCAUGGAAAAUGGCCUUUCAAGCGUAUCUAUGUCUUCCAGGAGCCUGCUUCAGCCGCCUUGUCUGCACUGAAUCUAAUGACGCACUUCAUUGGAUGGCUCUCAUUCUUUGUUUUGGUGAAUUACAAACUUCCCCUUAGGCCUCAUAGCAAGAGGACUUACUAUGAAUACACUGGGUUGUGGCAUAUCUAUGGUCUCUUAUCCAUGAAUGCCUGGUUAUGGAGUACCAUUUUCCAUACAAGAGACUUUGAAAUGACGGAAAAACUAGAUUACUCGUCAGCGGUGGCUUUACUUGGGUACUCUUUGAUUCUAUCUUUGCUACGGACGUUUGAGGUGAAGGAUGAAGCGACGAGGGUUAUGUUUGCAGCCCCUAUUUUGGCUUUUGUGACGACACACAUACUGUUUCUUAACUUCUAUGAACUUGAUUAUGGGUGGAACAUGAAAGUGUGCAUCGUAAUGGGCAUGAUUCAGCUGCUCGUGUGGGCGAUCUGGGCCGGUAUAAAGCGUCACCCUCAUCGCUUCAAGCUCUGGACCGUCGUGUUCGGAGGUGCCAUCGCCAUGCUUCUUGAGAUCUACGAUUUCUCGCCCUAUAGCGGAUAUGUGGACGCGCACGCAAUGUGGCACGCAACCACCAUUCCCCUCACCUAUCUUUGGUGGAACUUCAUAAAAUCAGAUGCAGAAUACAGGACUGCAAUGCUUGUGAAGAAGGCCAAGUGAGGUAGAAAAUCUGGCAUUUUUCUACUGUGCUGAACACAGCAUUUAGAUUGGUUUUAGAGUUGUUUUGCACACUUUCACCACUUUUUCGUGUUCUUUGGUUCUCUUUUGUUGAAGAUAAAAUUGAGGUUUUUGUGUUUAAAACUAGUGUUUUUUUCUGUAAUGGAUUUGGUUAAAUUAUUCAAUGUGAAUGCAUGACCUUUGUU